AUGUGCAUUGAUGGGUUAAGGAACUGCAACGGUUUCUGCUUCGGAGCUGUGGCGUCUUGUCAGUGUGACUUCGCAGCGGGGAGCUGCCAGUACCUCAGUGGGGCUCACGGGCUGCAGGCUCUUGGCUGGCCGUGGAAGAUGGCGCACGCCUUUCAAACGGGGCACCGCACGCAUAGUUGUGGAGAGCUUCGGAAGGAAGAUGUGGGCCAGUUGGUGACUGUCUGCGGCUGGGUGCAGAUGUCCAGAGACAUGAAUCACUUUGCCUUCGUCGACCUGCGCGACCGCUAUGGCAUCACACAGGUUGUGUUUCCCAAAGAAGGAGCGGACGAAGCGGGCCUCCAGCGCUACGAGCAGGCACGAAAUCUUGGCCGCGAGUUCGUCGUGAAGGUGACCGGAAAGGCAGGGCGCUUCUUCGCAGUGAAUUCAACCGUUUCUGAUCUAGCCACAGACUCGCAGGUGGUGGAGCGCAUCCAGAAGAAUGCAAAGACAGGGGAUAUCGAGAUUGUAGCAGACCAGCUUGAGGUCUUGAACUCCAGCUCCACACCUCCUUUCAAAAUCGAAGAUGCGACCGAUGCCAACGAGGACACUCGAAUGCGGUACAGAUACUUGGACAUUCGGCGCAACCCGAUCAAGGACGCCAUCCUACUCCGCAAUAAGGUCACGCGUCUGGUCCGAGAAUACCUCGGAGAUCUUGAGUUUUGUGAAGUCGAGACCCCGGUUCUCAUCAAGUCAACACCUGAAGGAGCUCGUGACUUUGUGGUGCCUUCACGAAUGAACCCUGGGCAGUUCUAUGCUCUGCCGCAGUCACCGCAGACUUUCAAGCAGCUUCUAAUGGUGGGCGGUCUCGAUCGCUACUUCCAGAUCGUGAAAUGCUUUCGCGACGAGGAGCUUCGGGCGGACAGGCAGCCUGAAUUUACUCAGAUUGAUUGCGAAAUGUCCUUCGUGCAGCAGGAAGACGUUCUGCGGAUCUUCGAGGGCAUGAUUCACCAAAUCUUCAAGAGCUUGUGCGGUCACGAGUUCCCUCCGUUUCAGAGGAUGGAAUACAGCGAGGCAAUGGAUCGCUUUGGUAUCGACAAGCCUGACUUGCGCUAUGACAUGGAGCUGGUGGACCUGACAGAGGUGAGCAAGGGGAAAAACUUCAAGAUGUUUGAUGAUGCGGAGCUCGUUGUGGGGAUGUGCUGCAAGGGCAUCGGCUCAUGGUCUGGGAAGAAAGUGAAAGAUCUCGAAAAGAAGGCCACAGGACAGGAAGUAGGCGCAAGUGCACUGGUGUGGUUGAAGAUCAACCCCGAUGGGACCUACGACUGCUCUGCAAAGAAGUUUUUCACUGACGAGGACUACGUGAAGUGGGUUGAGAAAGCCAACGCCAAGCCAGGAGGAUGUGGUCCAGGGGACCUCCUGCUCAUUAUCGCAGGCAAGAAGCUGCAGACGCAAGAGUCCAUGGGCAAGUUCCGGCACCUGAUGGGAACAGAGCUAGGUUUGCGAAGUGAAGGCUUUCGGGCACUUUGGGUCGUGAAUUUUCCGAUGUUGGAGUGGGACGAGGAUGAGGGGCGGUUCACGGCAAAACACCACCCAUUCACCUCUCCCUGGACAGAGGACAUCGAAAAAAUGGUCAGCCUUGACCACAAGGAUCCCAAACUGGCAGAGGUGAGGGCCAAUGCAUAUGACAUGGUGAUCAACGGCGUUGAGGUGGGUGGUGGCUCCGUCAGGAUUCACGAGCGGCCUCUGCAGGAGAAGGUCUUCAGUGUGCUUGGCUUCAGCAAGGAGGAGGCAUUGGCGCAGUUCGGCUUCUUGAUGGGCGCUUUUGAGUAUGGAGCUCCACCGCAUGCUGGUCUGGCGUUCGGACUCGACAGACUUUGCACCAUCAUUGGUGGAAAGGCGACGAUCCGUGACUUCAUUGCGUUCCCGAAGAACAACAUGGGCAGAGAUACCAUGAUCAACACGCCUGCUGCAAUCACAUCCGCUCAGUUGGCCGAGCUCAGCAUCACAACAACUGUCGACGAGGAUGGAAAGCCGAAGGCUUCGGGUUACCCUGCUUGA